CCAGAAAAGAGGAACCCAGCUUCCCAUAACAGCUCUGCUUUCCCCGCUUCUAUUACAGAGUCCGUGUCUGCCCUGCAGCCGUCGUCCCACGCCGAUGGCGACACGCGCACGAGAUUCAGCGAGAGCCGCUUUUUAUUACGUUUCUGGAGUCUAGAAUCGAAGUCGUCCCUUGAUUCGUAGGAGCAGAUGAUGCAAGGCUUCUGAGUACGCUUCAUUGUACCUGUCUAGAAAGCCACCUGAACCGUCCUAAGCCACCUGAACCGUCCCAAGCCACCUGAGCCGUCCUAAGCCACCUGAUGCUUGACAUGAUUACGCAUUAUACUCAGUCUUGAAAAUAGCCGUCGCUGACGUGCAUGCUCUAGGCUUUCAAGAUGAAACCCUGGCUGCGGGAAAGCGUUUUCAGUUGGAAGGUUUCCUUCAUGGCUCUCAUCAACGUGCUCUACCCUCCGAAUUUCCUCCUCAUGGCCGUUCCGUGGGCCUUGCACCUCCUCCUGUCGCAUGUCCGCGUCGUGCUUCAGCGGAAUAGCACUCUUGAAGCUCAAAUUCCGCUGCCAGGAAAUAGAUUAAAGGCGUCGCGAGCAGCGGCAGCAUCAGCAGUUGGAGAAGACGAAAAUGAAGGUGAAAGAAGAGACGACGGACGAGGAGAGGGAACGGGACGAGGAGCAGGAGCUGUAAGCAGAGCUCUGAGAGCAACAUGCGUCGUCACAGGGGCCACGUCUGGACUGGGAAAGGAGGCAGCAGCAGCAUUGGCAUCGCUGGGCACAUUCCAUGUGGUGAUGGGCUGCCGUUCUCUGAAACGUGGCUACCAGGCAGCUGCUGACAUCACCAGUCGGCAUCCCCAUGCGUCCAUAGAGAUCGUUCCUCUGGACCUCUCCCGGCCGGCAUCUGUCGUCCGCUUCUGCGAGUACAUGCGUUCAAGACUAGGACUAGAGGGGGAGGCUGGGGCAGCGAGAGGGAUAGGAGAAGUGGAGGACGGAAAGGAAGGGAGCAGGGUGAGGCAGCAGGAGGGGAGUGAAGAAGCGCUUACGACAUGUGAGCUGCAGGGUGAGAAGACUUUUGAGUCGACUCAAACGUCAGAAGUGCAGGACGGAAUGGAAGGGAGCAGGGUGAGGCAGCAGGAGGAGAGUGUAGAAGCGCUGGCGACAUGUGAGCUGCAGGGUGGGAACGAGGGUAGCAAGGAAGGGCAAGGGGAGAAGAAAUGGCGAGGCGAAGAGGCAGGGGAGGAGGCAGGAGAGGAAGAGGAGGAGGAGGCGGUUUUUUGGGAGCAGACGCAACGAGCAACUCUCUUGCAAAACGCUUCCCCCUUGCCUCCUCUCUGCCUUCUUGUCAACAAUGCCGGUAUCCUUGCUGCCACCGCCACCGCCACGCACCGCUCUGCAUCUGGCACUCUACCUGUUGACCGCAUGCUAGCCACCAACUACCUCGGUCCUGUGCUGCUCACUCUCCGCCUGCUGCCGUUUAUGGGUAGACAGAACUCCAGACAAGCACACGGAAUGCAUUCCACACACACACAUGGAGAACCCUGCAUCCAAGCACUUAGGGAUGAGCCCUCCAUACAAGCACAUAGGGAGGAGACCUCCAUACAAGCACAUGGGCUGGAGCGCCCAAGCAGACAGCAGGAAUUACAGGAGCAGGCAUCAAGAGGAGGAGAGGGCUCGAGGGAAGCAGGAAGGAGCGGGGCAGACAGCAGACAGCAGGAAUCACAAGGAAAGGUGUCAAGAGGAGGAGAGGGCUCGACAGAAUCAGAAAGCAGAAUGAGCUGUCGCGUCGUCAAUGUCACGUCUUUCACCCAUCGGUCAGUGCGCCAGCUGUACAUAUCUGAUGUGGCAUCUCUAGCAGCAGGCGCUGCUGCUCCUGGCAACACACGUUCGCCUUUUUUCUAUCCUGCAGCGAGGAUAUACCAGGCUUCUAAAUUGUGCCUGCUGCUCUUCUCUCUGCACCUUCACCGCCUCCUCCAAUCAGACCCCUCCACGUGUCACAUCUCCGUUGUCCCCAUCGACCCUGGCAUGGUCCGCACCAGCAUAUUGAGGGAGCUGCCUGCCUUCCUCUCGGCCACAGUCAAUGCCGUCUUCUCCCUCCUCCGCCUCCUCUCCCUCCCUCACUCACUCUCCCCUCUCUUCCUCCGGGCUUCCACUGCCCCCCAGGAGCAGGUAGCAGGCCAGUACCUGUUUGGACCCCAUGCACACCCCCUCGCACCAUCUCCACUUGCGGUAGAUCCAUCUCUCUCCGACACUCUCUGGCAAACCACGCAAGACCUUCUCAGCCAAUGGGCGUCUUGAGUUUCCUUUUGCAUUGAUGUAACGCUUCUGUCGUUGAAGUACACUUUUUUUUCAGUAAAGCCUUGGCCAUUCU